GACAGUUUCCGAAAUUUUUAAAGUCAAAUGACUUGCUCUUCGAAUUACUGGGAAAGUAUUAAUUGAACAAAAUGUCACUCUAUCAACAUGUCUGUUUAGGUCAAGAAGGGAUUUGCACACAAGCGAUAAGAUGUCAUCAACAUAUGGGCUGAAGCAGUGGAAACUGCUGUAGACCACAAUGUCAAGAUAUGAUGAAGAUCUGCUGGAAAACCCCUUUUACCUGGGCCUACAGAAUGAGCAUAAGGAGCUCUUUGUGACCGCUACAGCCAACAGAUGGAUUAUUUGUACACCCAGGUACAGUUCUGUACACAAGAAAACCUGCGCGUUGAUUGACUUCCAGGACCAUAUUCUUGUCCCAUUUCCAGACUGUGACACGGAAUUUAAGUCAGCCAGUGAUAAGAAGAUCAGCAUUGAAGAUAAUGCCGUCAAAACAGGAAAAGGAUUUCAACUGGAACAAUCCGUGCCAAUUCUGUUUGAGGAAGUUUUCUACAACAACAGCGAUGAGAGUUACAGAGUUAUCUGUAUUGACCGCCUCUUGACGGUACCUAAAGAUGAGACUGUGCCCGAGGAAGACAGACCCGAGUCUCCUCAUAGCUUUGAAGACUGCACAGAUCUGCUGUGGGGACAUUCAGGUGGUCGAAAGACUCAAGACACCCUGGAUAAAACCCUGAUGACAUUUCUGCAGGCUUAUGACAACCUUGAGGGGGAGAACCUGAGAGGGAUUAUGGAUGUAGCUGUCGCUCAGUUCACCAAAGCCAUGCAAAUUGUCCUCAAGGAUUCGACUGUUAGACGUUCAGCCAAGCACAGUGGGCCUUACAUGGACAAUCUGAAGCUAGCUGUGGAAACCUACAUGAUGCACACGCUCCACAAGAAGCUGUUCAGAUCCAUCUCCUCUUGUGUAGCAUCACAGGAUUCCAAACUGAACAAAAUCACCCGAAAUCUCUCCGAGCUUCAGCUCAAGGACAUGGGCAUCAAACAGCAGUUCAGUAAAAACAUCCCAGCAGCUAAACGAGAGUUGUCCAAGCUGAACAAGUACAGCACUCCGCUGGGGAAGCUGUUCUGUGUGAAACGGGUAGUCAAUGCACUGACCAAGCCUCCCAAACAGUCCUUCAUCAACUCAGAUUCUGUUGAAGAGCAAGUUGACAUGUUAACCACUGAUGACUUCCUUCCUAUCCUCAUUUUCCUGGUGGUAAAAUCCGAAGUGCCCAACUGGAUGGCCAACCUUGUAUACAUGAAAAAUUUUCACUUUGCCAAAUCUUCAAACCACGAUGAGUAUGGAUAUUUCUUGGCCUCCAUAGAAGCCGCCUUAGAGCAUAUAGAGACUGGCAGACUGAAGGAGUUGGUGACAGGUACAAAUGCAGCUAAGCUUGAGAGAUGGAUGCAGCUCUCAGUGAAUGUAUCAGGGGAGGCAACUGUGGCUAGACAAGAUUCCAACAGUUCAGCUAGCGGCAACUCAGCCAUCGAGACUUUGUUUCAAGUGAUCCGGCUUGGUGAUGAGGCUGGCCUGAGAACUCUCCUGUCCCGUAAGGCAGAGCUAGCUGAGGAGGCUCACCUCAAGCUGUGCCAUCCGCUCUGCUCCUGUGAUAAGUGUGAACGUAUUCUGGCGCAAAGUCGUACAGAAACCAUGCUGGCCACGCCCUUCUCCCGUGACGACCGCGGCUAUACAGCGCUGCAUGUGGCUGCUGUCUAUGGUCAGGCUGGGAUGAUUGACAUCCUGGCCAAGCACAAGGCAGCCAUCAAUGCCACAGAUUACCUGGGAUCAGCACCGCUUCAUCUGGCUUGUCAUCGGGGAUUCCAGAAUGUGUCGCUGCUACUGUUACAUUUCCGAGCAGACCCCACGGUAACCGAUAACGAUGGGAACACGCCUCUCCACCUCUGUGCUGCCAAUGGACAUGAAGAUUGUGUCAAGGCUCUUCUAUUUUUCGAUGCGACAGCAAAGACGAUAGAUGUCAAUGCAGUUAAUGAUAUGGGAGAUACCCCAUUGCAUUUAGCGGCCAAGUGGGGAUAUGAAAAGAUUGUCGAAGCCCUGUUGGAGAAUGGUGCUAGGGUGGAUAUACGGAACAGAAAGAAACAGCUACCUAUAUCGUGUGCCCACAAUGUCAGAGUUCAAGCCCAGCUACAGCAGACUGAGAAGGAUAUACUGGGUGAAAAUGCCACACCUCUCUCCCCAAAAGCCAGAGCGGAUUCCAUAAAGUCUGUGAACAGCAGAAAGUUGAAACGAACCAGAACGGAGAGUAAGCAAUCUACAGAGUCUAGCACAGACAGUGAUCUGGUCCAAGAUUCUACUGACAGCAAAAAGGUGGAUAAACUUCUCAAGGCUGUCAAGUCCAACGACGUGGAACUGGUGAGGUUUUAUCUGGGUUGGACUGAUGAUUCUGAGGAAGAUGCUGAGAUUGAUUUCACCCGUCCCCUGUGUCACCCGUUGUGCCAGUGUGAAAAAUGUCAGCCCAUACAAAAGCACAACAGCUCUAGUUCAGGUGUUCAUGUGAACAGUCAGAAUGCAGAGGGCAUGAGUGCCCUUCACGUGGCAAGUGUUCAUGGUCACGUGGAGCUGGUGGACCUGAUUGUCCACAAGGGAGGUAACCUUGGGGCUCAGACGCAGACACAGACCACAGCUCUUCAUCUUGCCACUGAACAGGGACAUCUCAAGGUUGUUCAAAUUCUGGUGGAGAAAGGAGCUAAGCUGAACACAAGAGAUUAUCAGGGAAACACACCUUUACACCGGGGAGCAAUGACAGGAGCAGUAGAUACCGUCCGUUAUCUUAUACAGAGUGGGGCCAACUAUAACCAAACCAACUUCCGUGGGAACAGCCCUCUACAUGAGGCAGUGUCCGGUAACAAGCUGGAAGUGGCCAGGGUGUUGCUGGAAGCUGGAGCCUUCGUCAUGGUGACCAACAAUAAGCAUCUGACCCCGCUACAGUUAGCUGUGGACAAACCGAUGCACAAGUUAUUAAGUAUGCACCUUCAGCAGAUCGUGCCUAUGUCCCCCAUGCAAGCCCCUUACUCCCAGGAAGUUGGGACUGUGGUGUCAUCGGGGCCUCAUACUGACCAAACCAAGAUGAAGGGCUCCUCCAAAGAAAGGAGUCCAUCAGGUAAUGCUGAGGUUGUGAAGAUGUUUGGCCAACAAAAUGGGAUAGUACCAGGAAGAGAGUUGAUUUCACCUCAAGCUGAUGAUCUUGGAGGUGGAACAAGUUUGGAAAGGAACAUUGUUAAGUCUGGUUCGGGAAUCAUGAAGGAGAACGUGGGUGAAUCCUCUGGUGCAAAUAAUACUCAGUCCUCUGACAAGGCAAUCUCAAGGACGCCAGCAGCCUGUACUAAUAACCUGAAUAGUCCUGAGAUCAGAUACUCCUCAUUUGAGGAUAUGAUUCAGAAAAAGUCCUGUACAGAGGACAUCUUGGCUUGUAAUCAGGUGUUGGAUGAAAGCAGUGAAAGGGACACUGAGGUGACUGUCACAGGAACUGGAGUGACAUUAACAUCUGCUAUGGCUGAAAAUCAGGAAUUUGUUACAGGGAAAUCUGUGGAAACAUCAGCAGAAAAAACUGCUUUAGAUUGUGGUUGAAGCAGGAAUGUUCAAAACUGACCCGAGGAUAAAACUAAAGGUUUGUUGGAGCAGUGGGCUUCCUGAACAGUGUCCAUUUUUACAAAACAUGGUAAAUCAAUUUUUUGAAACUUUUAUCGAAAAAGAUGUCGCCUACGUUAUAUUGCCAGAAGGCGAUGUCAUUUUCGAAAAGUGACGAAAAAUUGAUGUACAAAGUUCUAUGAAAGUGAGCCACAGAAUUUUUAUUGACGUCCAAUAUUCUUUUCCCAGCUCAUCAUGAUGACAUCAAAGUACAGACAGAAGUUACAGUAGAAAUUGGUACAAGUUUUCUUUGAUAGCAAAAUAAUUUGAUGCCACUUUGGGUAACUGGCAUAUUUGAUAAAUCAAGGUGAGCAUAUUGUCAAAAACAGGCAUCCGUCUGAAAACUGUGUUUAAGACUACUUACAUUUACCUGUAUUAUGAACAUUUUAGAACAUUUUGGACGCUGAUGUUAUGAAGUUUUCUUUGUGACAUGCAUUUAUAGUCAGAAAAGGUGGUUGUAUGUUUUAGUGUACACUAAUGUUCUUCAUAAUAAUUUUGUCAAUAGCCAGACUUAAGGGUGGGGAGGGAAAUAUCCCCCUGUUCCACCUUUGAAACCCAGAAAUGUAAAUGUUGUAAAAAGGUGGGUUCCCUCGAGUAGGGGAUGGGGGGCAUAUAUUUUUGCCAUUUCUAAUUGUUUUCUUGCUUGACUGCUUUUCAUUCCCAAAAUUAAUGAAAAUACAUGUAUCAUUAGAUACAGUUUUCAGUGAUUUCUCUCAUAUGAUAACUUCUUGACCACUUCAUUUGGUGUAGAGGGUGGG